AUGACAUCCUCCGCCACGACCUCGGCCAGCACGGCGAGCUCGCCCUCGUCAUCGUCCUCGUCUACCCGCAGAUGCACAUUGCGCUCCUCGACGUCCCGGAGCUCGACGGCGCCGUCUUCACGACCCCGGGCCGCGACGGCCCGCACCCUCCGGUCCGUCCUGGAGGGCGGCCGGAACACAAAGUGCUUCUGGGACAUCCGGCUCAACGCCGAGGCCCUGUGGACCCUCUGCGGCGUGGGCCUCGACAACGUCAUGGACAUCCAGCUGCUCGAGAACGUGACGCGCUCCGGCGACCGCAACUACGUGCAGGACCUCGACUGGUGCGUCCAGCGCGACCUCGACGUCGAGCCCGACGAGCUGCGUCUCGGGCUCCGUGCCCGGCGUGUCGUCGCCCGCGCCGCCGGCUCCGCGGCCCCCUUCACCGAGCGGCCCAUGAGCCCCGAGACGGUCCUCGACUGCGUCAACAGGGUCUUUCACCUGCCGGCCCUGCACGCGCUGUACGACCAUCACGCCGAGCCCGACUGGCCUGCCUGGGUGCGCUGGGAGAGCCUGCGCCGCGCGCUGCGGGUCCGCAGCGCCGGCUACGACCCCCGCUCGUCCGAGACCAUGGUCUCGCCGUGGUCUGACAUUGGCGACGGGGGUUCCUGGACCUUUGGCGACCACGUCGACGCCACGCAGUAUCACUGGAAGACGGAGGCCCAAGAGGACACGGCCGCUUCGCUGGCGGCUGCGGGAGACAAAUCGUUCGAGGGCGAAGAGUGCCGCCAGUAG